AUGGAGAAGACAGAAAAGAUGAUUGACCAACACGAUGAACCUGAAAUCGGCUCAGUAGCUGAGGCAACUCCCCAUAAACCUGCAACACAGGCCCCGGGUGAUUUAUUUGACGUUGAAAAUGGCGACGUUGACUUUCGAGGUGUCUCAUGGCAAGGGGCUGCGAUUAUAGUCACAAAGCUGCAGAUUGGACUUGGCGCCCUUAGCCUUCCGUCGACUUUUCAUGUCUUGGGAUUCUUCCCAGGACUACUUUGCUUCACGACCUUGGGAUUGAUUUGCACUUUCGCUGGGUAUGUCUGUGGUAAUGCUAGGCAGUAUUUUCCACAUAUGCAUAGUAUCAGUGACGCAGCGGAGCUACUGUUUGGAAAGUUCGCCCGCGAGUUCAUUGGAGUCGCUUAUUAUAUCUAUGUUGCUUUGGUGGCUGGUGCUGGAAUGCUGACAGUGUCGGUGGCCCUCAAUGCUCUAUCAAAUCAUGGAGCAUGUACUAUGGUCUUCCUUGCCGUGAUAUGUGCAGUGUCUUUUAUUAUUGGCACGGGAUUUAGAUCCCUAGAGAAGGUAUCAUGGAUAAGCUGGCUGGGUGUUGCUGGAAUCAUCUUGUCAAUUUGGACAACUGCAAUCGCAUGCCUUACCCAAGAUCGACCAGCCGUGGCACCUGCAACUGGCCCAAUUGACCUCGAGAUUCGCGCCUUUCCGAAGACGACGUUUUACCAAGCAAUGUCUGCCGUCGCGAACCAGCUAUUUGCCGUGGGCGGCUCAGGCAUAUUUUUCUCGGUCUCUGCCGAAAUGAAGCAACCGCAUCUUUUUACCCGGUCGCUACUAUGUGGCCAAAUUUUCAUCAUUCUUACAAAUAUCAUAAUCGCCUCAAUAAUAUAUGGCAAAGUUGGCCGCUACAUUGCCAGUCCAGCUCUAGGAUCCGGUGGUAUUUUGAUUGAAAAGAUAUCGUACGGCAUCGCCUUACCGGGAUUAGUGGUCACAGCUGUUCUAUAUAGCCAUGUUGCCGCAAAGUACUCUUUUGUGAGAAUCCUCCGUGGAAGCCGUCAUCUACAAUCAAAUACAGCUCAGCAUUGGGCUGUAUGGGCCUCAUCAAAUUUUGUCACUGUUAUUUUUGGUUUUAUAGUCGUUAAUGUUAUUCCAUUCUUCGGCGAUUUCCUUAGUUUGGUGGGAGCACUUUUCAAUCCAAUUUUCACGAACGUGGUUCCCGGAUUCAUGGUGCUCUUUUUCAUUUCGAAGAGGCCCAUCAAGGCUGUGGAGAGCCAGACUCCACCAUCUCUUGACGAGAGUCAGUCGACAAUGGACUGGUUAGUCGGGUCUUUCACCGCUGCUAAGCGUGGCAAAAAAGAGGCUUGCGCCUUUGCUAUUGCAUGGUUUAUGAUUAUCACGGGAGCUUUUAUCAUUGUCGGGGGUACCUAUGCGACUGUGCUGAGUAUCCAAGCUGCAUAUGAUGAUGGUGACAUAUCAGGCGUCUUCUCGUGUGCUGAUAACUCUUGA